AUGGAUAACACCACCAAGUCGCCCCCAUCAACAGAGUGGAGCGAGCUAUUUGCCCAAAACCCCUCCCAUGAGCCAACCACGUACAAGGCACUCGACAAUCUUGCGUCGCAUGAUGACCUCGCUUUUCUGCAUGCCAAGUUCUGGAACGAGAUCCGAGAAUGGACCCGGAAUGACAUCACGGAAAUGUCCCGCAUUGUCCACCCAGAACUUACGGGGCCAGGGAGCAUUUUCAUCGGGGGGAUGAACCAUGCACUUAACGAAGAUACCCUUGCGAAGAAUGAUAUUCAGGCGGUUAUUGCUAUUCAUCCCAAGGACUCACUAGCAUGGGACAAGAACAACACUUCCUACGGGCUGCAACGCUUCUACCCCAACGAGAACGGCAUGGCGAGCAGUGUCGUGAAAUACCCACUUAUUAUCCCUCUCGAGGACAACGCCAACUCAAAUCUGAUCGACCACUUCGAUGAGACUAAUGAGUUUAUCAAGCGGCAUAGCUGCGAGGGGAGGAACAUCUUGAUUCACUGUAAAUCCGGGCGCUCGCGCUCCGUCGCAGUUCUAAUCGCAUAUUUGCAACAAAGGUUCUGUUCCGAGAAGGGGCUUGCGUCUCUGAAGGACAAGACUGUGGCGAAAGAACAGAUGCGCAUACAUAGUGAGGAAAUCACGGAGGCGAUACGCACGCAGCGUCUCCCAGUCAUCGUCAUAAUGGAACGGUUUAAUGAGCUACUGGCGCGGUACGAUCUUAAACUCAUCGAGGAUCCGGAGUAUAGGAGCGAGAAGGCUAAUGGGCUUUCUGCUCCUGAAGUCAUGGAAUCCAAAACUCCUACGCCAGGAAAGCAGCCGGAGCUUGUAGCAAAGAAGGAGAGUAAGGUCGUGCAGACAAAGGGCGGCGCGGCAGUGCUCAAGAUAUGCGUUGCCGCGGCAUUUUUCAAGAACCAACAAAAGCCUACGGAGCCAGUGGUACAUCAAUUCUUCGAAGUCAAUGAGGCCUACUUUUACGAGCUGGAAGCUUUAGAGUACAAGGGAAGGUCGUAUGUUGGCUGUCAACAUUCAUGUCUCGGCCUUGUGGAGUUUUGCUUCAGGUAUGCUAAUGGCGAGUAUGGUCUCACGCUGCCAAGAAAUAUAGAGGAGCAUGUUAGAAAGGUUAUAGCACAAUAG